AUGCCUUUAUCACCGCCUUUACAUCAUCCUGUACCACAGCAUCCAAUUCCCCCGUUCAGGUCGCCACCACCAGCAGAAAUGAGUGGCAAUCCAUACAUUCCCCAAGGCAAUCAAGGCCCAGGUCCGGUUCCAGGACAAGCACAAUCCCAUGGCGGAUGGAGUGGCCAACAUCAAGCACCACAGCAUCACCCAGGUGGUCAAUAUCAGCCAUCUGGCAACAUGUACCAGCCUCAACAACCACAGAACCAAGGAUCGUUCGGCACAGGAGCUCCAUAUGCCAACAUCUUCAACGAUCCCAGUGCACAAAUCGGCAUUGAAGUUGGACGAAACGCACUCAACUACGGUCAAGAAUACAUCGGAAGAAACGUAAGUAACCCCUCUUCUAUCCCUCUUAUCCCGCAGACAUCUCAAAACCUUCAUUCCACCCGUAAAAAGCUCGCGAAGUGA